UUAGAGAACCCAUUCUUAAAUAUAGAAAUUUUUUCUUUAAUCCAUGCCCAUAAAAGGUGUGCCCUUUUUUUUCUUCCCGUUCCCCCUCUUCAUAUAGCACUCACUGCUGUUAGCCAGAGCUGCCUCGCAUACCUCCCUUGCUCAGGCUGUGCAUGUGAAUUUGCCCUCAGAGAGAAUGAUCACUUUCUUCUCUGAAGAGGGAUUGCUUUCCUUGGUUACAGUUGCAGUGUUUGGAGGACUGGUGCUGUACAAACAGAAGAAUAACCAUGACAAGAUAGGGAAUAAGGUUGCUUACAGCGUAACUCUCCUUUUCUUGGGUGAAGUCUACUGCUUUUCCUGCCUAUCAUAUUUUUGGGGCUUCAGUUUGUUCUCCCUGGUAUGCAUCAUCUCCUACAUCUAUUUAUCAGGUCAAGAAAUGUUGCCCGUGGAUCAAAAAGCAGUGCUAAUCACAGGUGGAGGUUCCGGGUUUGGCCACGCACUGGCGAAACUGCUGGAUAAGUUGGGGUUCAUAGUAUUUGCUGGUGUUUUGAAUGAAAGAGGACCCGGAGCAGAAGAACUCAGAAGGAGCAGCUCCGAGCGACUCACGGUUCUCCAGAUGGAUGUCACCAAACCUGCUCAGGUGAAGGAAGCUUACAGACGAGUUUUGGAAAAGGUGCAGGACACAGGACUUUGGGCAGUUGUCAACAAUGCUGGGAUAAUUGGAUACGUAGGAGAUGGUGAAUUAACUUCCAUGAAUGUUUUCAGACAGUGCAUGGAGGUGAACUUCUUUGGAGCCAUAGAGGUCACAAAGACAUUCUUACCUUUACUCCGGAAAGCCAAAGGGAGGCUUAUAAAUGUGAGCAGUAUGGCAGGAGCCACCCCAUUUUCAUAUCUCUGCGCGUAUGGCUCGUCGAAGGCUGCUCUGACCAUGUUUUCGGGCAUAUUAAGACAGGAGCUUUCCAGAUGGGGGGUAAAGGUAGUGUUAAUUCAACCAGGAGGCUUCAGAACAAGUAUCCAUGGCUCACCGGAACUGUGGGAUGCACUCGAAAAGGACCUCCUGGAGAACCUCCAAGAAGAUGUCAAGGAAGACUAUGGCAUAGGCUAUAUUCAAGCCCUGAAAAAUUUGUUAAAAGCAAUGAGCAAGUACCCCAUAACUGACCUCUCGCCAGUGCUCUUUGAUCUUCUCCAUGCCAUCCUGUCCAAGCAUUCUUUCGCCUUAUACACUCCGGGGAAAAACUCUUAUCUGUUCCUCUGUAUUUCUUCUUUCUUCCCCAUCUGGGUUUCUGAUGCCUUAAUUAAGACAAUCUUCAAUUUCAAACUAGUGCCCAAAGCUUUGCAAAAACCGGAUCCUCCAAAUAAAAAACUUUAGGCGAGGAUCCACUCCCAAAGAGACUGAUCAGAGAUUUGGAACAUUUAUUUUAAUCAAAUGGAACUUGCUAUCAAAAUGAGUUGUUUGCACCUAUGCUCCUUAUCGAUGGCUUGGGAUCGAUUUAAGCUGAGGAGAGGUGGGCUGGUAGAGUUAGGUGACGGAACCAGGCUCCCAGAGGAACCUGAACGGAGCCUUCUUUCUUAUAGAGAUUGUUGGACCUCGGUCGGGUGGACACCUUUGAGAGAGAUUUCCCGUGAGGUUGUAUUAGUGCUGCUUUCCUCCCCUGUACCCUCAAAAUGGUUAAGAUUAAAAAAAAUCCAUCAAUGGUA